CGCUGUCGCCGCUGUCGCCGCUGUUUCGGCAACGCCCCGCUGGGCCGCACCGCCGGCGACCGGCUCUCCUUGCGGCUGGAUUGUUGGGGCCGGCCGAGCGGAGCGCGGCGAGCUGGGCGCGGUGCCGUUUCGCCUUGGCGCGCUGACAGGGCUCGUCUCUGCUUCCGAGCUGCCGCCGCGCAAAGACUGUUUUUGGAUGUAAAUUAUGGCCUUCUCGGCGAUUGCUGUUGGAGAUGUACAAAAUGUGCUUUCAGCAAUGCAGAAGAACUUGGAGUGCCCAAUAUGCUUGGAUAUGGUAGAAGAGCCAGUUUCAACAAAAUGUGAUCACGUAUUCUGCAGGUUUUGCAUGUUCAAACUCCUCAGCAAAAAGAAAAAAGGUGUGAUACAGUGUCCUCUGUGUAAAACUGAAGUUACCAAGAGAAGCCUGAAAGAAAAUUCCAGAUUUAAACAACUAACUGAAGGAUUGUUGGAAAUUAUCCGUGCAUUUGAGCUAGACACUGGAGUAAAGUUUUUAAAUUGUCAUCACUUUCCUAAAGCAUCCCCAGGAGCCACUGCUGCUGAAUCCAUCAGUAAAGAAAGUUCUGUCAUCCAAAGUAAGGGCUUCAGAAAGAGGAAAAAAAGCGCUAAAGAAAAUGGACAAGAAAACUGCACCUUGCAGGAAGCUACUGUGGAUAAACAGCUUACAGAUACCAGGAUCAAAAGGUGUCUCCUAAGAAAACAGAAAUACAGCUCUGGAAAAGGGACUUACAUAGAGUUUGGCUCUGAUUCAUCUGAAGAUCUUUCUAAACAGGCAAGCAUUCCUGGCAGGUUAGAAGACAAAGAAGCACUUCAGGUUUCAGCUCAAGAAAAGCUGGAAGAACUUAGGAGUGCUGAGAAGUGCGACAUACAGCCUGCCGAGCUGGGUGCUCAAGAAAUUAUUCUACCAAACGACAUAGGUGAAAGUGAUUCCUCUAAGGAAGGCUUGAACAAGAAAAGCACUCCAAACAUCACUGAGUGUGCCAAACCUGGCCCUGUGAAUAUGAUGGGAUACAAGAGUUGUCCUUUAAAUUUUCUUGCCAUAGACCUACUUGCAGAGCAGUGUGACAGAACAGAUAAUGCCAGUCCCUUAAUGAAUGGGGAAACAGAAGAAAUGGAAACAGAACAAACCCAAUGUAGUAGUAAAAGCAAAGAAUUUGACUUAAAAGAUACCUCAGCGAGCAGGCUAGAUAAAAGCAAGGAAAUAGGUAUUGCUGUACAAAGUGUGGAAGCUGUGGAAAUAUAUGAACCUGAAAAUGAUUCUUCUCACAAAAAAGAACUUCCUCUUGAGAAAUUACUUCAGCCAGAGACACUUCACUGUGCUACCCCAAAUCAAGUCUCUAGGAAGAGACUGAAGCGAAGCAUUCAGAAAGUCAAUGAAUGGUUCUCAAAAAGCAAUGAGAUUCUGUCUUCUGAUUCUUCCCAGGAUGAUUCUGCUGGAGCAACUAAUGUUUCAGGUGAAAGAGAUGCAUGUUCAUCAGAUGAAGACUCCUAUGUUUCAGAAAAGACUGACCCUAUGGUAGAUUCCGUGAAAAUUGCAGUGACUGAAGAAAAUAAGAGAUGGUCAAAACAAAAAGUGGAUAGCAUCAAAGACAAAAUAUUUGGGAAAACAUACAGGAGAGAGAGGAAGUCAAAUCAUCCAGUUAUGUUGAGAGACAUUUUACCUACUACAAAAAAAGCAGAUGAAACUGCUAAUGAGAAGGGCUUGAAUAAUUCCAGCAAAGACAGAAUAAAAGGAGAAAGGAAAAUUGCCUCUGUCCUGCAACCUAAGGAUUUAAUCAAGCAAAAAUAUAUAGAAGAGGCAGAUGACUGCCCUCAAAGUGUUAACUGGUACCUUGGAGCAACUGAAAAGAAAAGAUGUGAUGAAAGUUCUGCUAUUAAUGAGAAUCACCUCCCUGAAAACAGAGAGAAAAAUAAACUAGCAGAACUUAAGGAAGGGGAAGGUUUUGCAUGCAAUGAAGCUACUGAAAAGGUGACCAGUGAGCUCCGUGAUGAGGAGCUACAACUGAACAACUGUGAUCAGAAAAGCACUAAAAAAGGUUCUGCAGCAAAAAGAUGCAGGCGUUCUACUAGAACCGUGUGUGCUUUAGAGUUAGUAGUGGAUAUAAACUCUGUUUCCCCUGAUCCAGCUGAGCCACAGAUCGAUAGCUAUCCAAGCAGUGAAGAACCAAGGAAAGGUCAGUCUGAGCAAAGAAAAGUCAGGCGAAGCAGGAGGCUUCAGCUACUUUCUGAAGAAAUGACAAAAGAAACAGGAGAAGACGUAGUAAUUAAGGGAGCCAGAAAGUAUGACAGCGAUCAUGGAAUCCAAAGGAAUGUGUUAGUUCACGCUUCUGAAUGCAAGGACCCGUGUGACCCCCAGAGUAUGUUGAGUGACAAGCCACUGGCUGAUCUGAAGGGAGGUGAUCUGGAAGCAAGCAAAAUACAAAUUAGCAUAAAUAACUCAUCUGAUGCUGCAGAAACUGAAAAAAGUCUCUUCAAUCCUACAUCUUCAUGUCAGCAUUCCAAUUGUAGUUCCUUUGUACCCGAUACAGGUUCUCAAGAAGAUGCAAUACUUGGUAAUCCUUUCCUUCUACAGUCUCCUUCAAUACCCAUUAAGCAAACUGCUUCCCAGCUGACUGAAGAAAUGACUGAAUCAUGUAUUGCUUUUCCCCAGGGUAGUGGAAACAAUAUAAAAAAUAUUCCAGGGGACUUCAGAACUGAAAAGGUGCCAGUGACUAAAAAAGUGUUGGAGUUGACCAAAGAAGCUGAAGAUAGUGAGUUAGACACACAGUAUCUGCGAAAUGUAUUUAGGCAUUCAAAACGCCAGUCGUUUAGCCUUUAUCCUACUCCCAUGAAGGCAUGUACAGUACAAGAUGCUGCUUCUGAAGCUGUAAAGGUAUCAUGUGUUGAUGAGGAAGAAAAGCAUAGCAAACACUUAAUAGCAGAAAACUUGCAAGAAGAGAAAACAACUGCUGAAAACUUGGGGAGGAUUUGUGAGAAAGAGAAGCUUAAGACAUAUGAAACUGCUUGUAUUAAUCCUGUGACUUGCUUUGUCAGCACCACUGAAUAUAUGCACACAGGGGAACACCAAGAAGAUGUGUUACAGGUUGCAAAUCAAGGGAACCUGACACCAAUAAGAACGGGUGCUGCUAGGACUGAAGACAAAACCAGAUCACAAGGAGAGCAGGGAAAUGGAGAGACAGUGUCAAUUGACAUAGGGGUAGAAAGCGAAUUGAGACAGAGUCCGGUCAAAAGUAAUAGAAGGCAAAGUGAUCAGAGUAAUACAGAAGAGCACAUUUUCAAAAUAACGGAUUUAAACACAAUUAAUGAAAUAUGCCUCAGUUCAGAGAACAAUCAGGCAGGAAAGGCCAAAGUUGUUGACAGCAAAGGACCAAUACUACAUUUUCAGACCAGAUUUAUGAGAGCUACUUGUAAGCAAAGGCCUCCUGAAUUCAGCUGUGAAGUCAUUGGGAAAAAAAGUAGCAAAAGAGAAAGUCAGCAAGUAAAGGGGAAUGAAGAACAAGAAACCCAAACUGCUAGCACAGGGAUGCCUGAGUGUUUAGUUACAGAGACUCUAGAAGAACCUAAAGUGAGUAGUGAUUGUACAGGUUUGUCUGACACUCCCGAUGGGUUACUGUGCUCUGAUGAUGAUACUGAAGAGAAAACCAACAUUUCUGAAACUGAUAGGAGAGAGAGAUCUGCUGUGUUUGUAAAAAAAAGUGACAAAGCCCUGGUAAAAGAACUACACAAUAGAAAAGUUAGUUCUAAGCCAAGAUCUCAGGGUAUCCGAAGAUCCCGAAGAAAGGCACAGAAACUGCAGUCUUCAGAUGAAGAGUCUAGCGAGGAUGAAGAUUUACCAUGUUUUCAGACACUAAUAUUUGGCAAAUCAGUAAGCACACCUUUGCAGAUCAAUAAACAAGUGACUUCUGUGGUAGGGUCUUCAGUAAGUCCUAUCACAUUGCCUCACAAUGGAAGUCAUUAUCACAAUGACAUGCAGAAAAUGCCUGAAGCUGCCCUAAGCAAUGGGUGUGUUUCACCAAGCCAGGAGUCAGAAUGCUCUGUCAAUUUAUUUUCUUCACAGUCCAACGUGUCCGAAGAAUCGGGUGAUGGAGCACUAGAGCUGAAGAAACCUUUAAUACAAGUGCAUACAUCCAAACAAGUGAGCAACGUGAAUGACAGCAAAGACGUUUUUCAAAGUUGUAAUGGAGCACUGAAGAGAAGCAAAACUAGCUUCAAAGAUGAAUGCCAAGAAGACCCAAACAUGGGAGCAAAACUAGGUGAAGCAUCUGGAUAUGACAGUGAAACAAGCAAUGUAGAAGAUUCUUGCGAACCCUUCUCUCAGGGUGAAAUCCUUACUACACAGCAGAAGAAUGCUAUGCAAAAUAACCUAAAAAAACUCCAGCAAGAAAUGGCUGUACUUGAAGCAGUUCUAAAGCACCAUGGAAGUCAUGACAAGAAGGAGGAAAUUGUUUCAAGGAGUAAUUUCCCAUUUCCUUCAGAAAACACUGAGCAGAAAUCUGGGACCAGGCUAAACAGUCCGUCUGUCUUAUCAAAUCUCUCUGGAAAUGUGACCGGGAGUCCAAAUAACUCUUCUUCCUCUGUAAGGCUUCUUAACCCUCAGACUGCAGAAGCAACAGAUAGUUCUGUUGUAGCUCAGAAUGCUAAUAAAAGCUGCACUCAAGAACGUAAACUGAAGAAAAAUGUGCGUUUUCCUGUAGCUGUUCUGCACAAUGCAGCUGGGAAAGAAAACAAUGCAAAUCCUGUUGUGACUAACAGGAAAGAAAUGUCGAUCGUGGUAUCAGGUCUGAAUCAAAGUGAACAUUUGGUGGUCCAGAAGUUUGCAAGAAAAACUCAGAGUACUUUAUCUAAUCACAUUACUGAAGGAACAACCCAUGUCAUAAUGAAAACAGAUAAGGAGCUGGUGUGUGAGCGGACACUGAAGUACUUUCUAGGUAUUGCAGGAAGAAAAUGGGUAGUUAGUUAUCAGUGGGUAAUCCAGUCUUUUAAAGAAGAAAGAAUACUGGAUGAGGAGAACUUUGAAGUUAGAGGAGAUGUAAUAAAUGGGAGAAACCACCAAGGUCCUAAGAGGGCUAGAGAAUCUCAGACUGGAAAGAUCUUUAAAGAGUUUGAGAUCUGUUGCUAUGGACCUUUCACUGAUAUGACUACAGAACAUCUAGAAUGGAUGGUGGAGCUUUGUGGUGCCACUGUAGUGAAGCAACUUCAUCUGUUCACACACAGAAAAAAUUCUACUGCUGUUGUGGUUGUGCAGCCAGAUGCUUCGAUGGGAAACAUGGAUUACAGAGCAAUCCAGCAAAAGAGCAAUGUUGCCAUAGUGACUCGAGAGUGGGUAUUAGACAGUGUUGCUUGCUAUGAGUGCCAGGAGAUGGAUGCUUACCUUGUGUCCUAAGGGCAGUCUGCAGUUCUUUUUCAGUUGCUCAGAAAUUCUCAUCAGUGCUGAUAUCUUGGUAAUUAUUUUAAGAACUGAGGAUUUUUAAGUCACUUAUGCAGAGAUUAUGUGCAUGUAGUGUUCUUGUUCAGAGUAAAAUAACUACAUGUUUAACAAUAAAGCUAUGUAAACAUUACCAUAUAAAGAUGGAAUUACCCACUGUUCUUUAAAGAGUAACUUUUCUAAUUUCAAAAUAGUUCUUUUAAUGUAAAACAAAUUUUAAAAUUUAGAAAACGUAGAACACUGCCUCCUCAGAGUGAUGAUGUAUUAACCAUUGCAGCCAGUUUCUGGACAUCUUGGAGACAGUAAUUUAAAAGAGUAAUAUUGGGCUCAGGACUUGAAUUAAAACAUACUUGCACCCCUGGGUAACCUCCAUGUUUUCAUUUUGCAUAAAUACAUGACCUAAUAAGGGUUUAUAUAGCAAGACAUUGGAAUAUUAUUUUGUGAUUACUACUGUGUCAGCCUGCUUAAUCUUAGGCCGUGGAUUACAGUUCUGAGAACUAUACAAAUGGCUCUCCUGUUGUAUAUAAAAAUACCAACUUGCCCUAACCAGAAAAAUCUGCAAGUAUAGCCUCUGGAAAGCCAACACUUGAUUCCCAACGUAAAGCAAUCCUUGAAACUUCAAGCCUAUACCAGCAAUGUGUCAGUCUUAUUUCUGAGAAGUAUAUGUGGCACCUAUGAAAAGAUAAUAAACAGAUGCACUUUAGUAUCCCAGUGACCUCUAAUAAGCCCUGUAAGAAUCUGCUUCUAAUAGUCCCUAUCUGCAAACUGAGACUGCAAAUAAAAUACUUUCUUUCAUAAAAAGCAAUUUAUGUUGCAUGUUUCUGUUGCCAAGGAAUUCAACUUCAUAAAUACUUUUGUACUUUCAGAGCAGAAAGAGAACCUGUUUUCAUAAAGUUGUUUAAAAAAAAAAUUGUAGCUAAGUUCAGAAAAUUGUUUGGUGCUUAGAUGCUGCUAAGUUGUCCUGGAAAGAAAUACAAGAAUGUUUAUAAAUACUGGAAUGCUCAAAGGAA